CUGCAACUGCAUUUAUACCCGUAAUGUCGGGACGCGGAAAGCAAGGAGGCAAGGCCCGCGCUAAGGCCAAGUCGCGGUCCUCCCGCGCCGGGCUGCAGUUCCCGGUGGGCCGGGUGCACCGCCUGCUGCGCAAGGGCAACUACGCCGAGCGGGUGGGGGCCGGCGCACCUGUGUACCUGGCGGCCGUGCUGGAGUACCUGACGGCCGAGAUCCUGGAGCUGGCGGGCAACGCGGCCCGCGACAAUAAGAAGACGCGCAUCAUCCCUCGUCACCUGCAGCUAGCGGUGAGAAAUGACGAAGAGCUCAACAAGUUACUCGGAGGUGUCACCAUUGCCCAGGGCGGCGUCUUGCCCAAUAUCCAGGCUGUCUUAUUGCCUAAGAAAACGGAGAGUCACAAGCCUGGCAAGAACAAGUAAUUAGAUCUGAUACCAUCCCCGGUCACCAAAAAGGCUCUUUUAAGAGCCACCAAAGUGUCAAAGGAAGGGCUGAUCACGAAAUAGCGCAUUAGCUCUUUUUUUGAGAACUUGGGUGGCUCUAAAAAGAGCCUUUGGUCUUUGGCUUAGUUUGUCAGACUUCAUUUGCUUUUGGUUUUGUGGCUUUCGGUUUUCUUUGGCAACAGAACAGCCUGGAUAUUG